GCAAAGAGUGAUAAAGAGGGAAGCAACAUCUUAGUGCGGAAAAAGAAACAGAAGAAAAGACGAUAAAUAACCAGUGAAAGAAAGUAAAUAAGAGAAGAACAGGGAGAAAAAAUAGGAAUAAAAUACCGAAUCUCUUAUUUGUCAACCAAGAGAAGACCAAAGCCAUCCCUGAGGACCCCCUCCCCCCUGAGCGACCGAGGCGAUGGCGUGCGUGUGGACGGUCGUGCUUCUGCUCCUCAGUCAUGGCGGCGCCGGCGCUUCCACAGGCGGCGAGGACGGAGGGGAGCUGCCCGCCCACAAGCGCCAGAGCGUACAGUAUUCCACCCUUGUCGGCCCUUCCUUCCUCAACAGCUCAGUUCACGCCCACGCCCACGCGCCCAUCGGGCAGACAGCUUAUCUCACCUGCAUUGUGAGGAAUCUCCACAACUAUACGGUCUCCUGGGUUCGGGCGCGUGACAUCCACCUUCUGACAGCUGGCGAGACGACCUACACUUCCGACCACAGAGAACUGUGA